AUGAUUGCUACGCGCACCUCGGUGCUGCUCGCUUUCAGGCCUUUUCAACAUGGCUCCCGAUUAAAUCAGCUCGAUCAGAAUAUCCUUCUCUCGUUAUUUAAUUCUUCUCCUCGACACUCGCGGAUAUUGUCUCGCGGGGUUCAUCAAUGGCAGCGCCCGAAGCCUUCCAGAAAUCAGAACCCGUUUCAAUCACUGAAGUUACUCAGCGGUUCUGCGCCAAGGGCAGACGGUGUCAAUGUGCCCUUCCGGCCUCGCAUAACUGCUCAGGCAGUAUACUUUUCGAGCGGUCGCGCACUGUACGAAACGCCCACUCCGAUCAUCAAGGAGCAACAGCGAACAAAACCCACUGACGAAACGGGUGACGAGGAUGCGUUUCACAGGAGUGAAAAGGCACACCAGGCUUCACAUGUGAACCUCAGCGCGAGGUUGUCAAAAGAGGGUGCUGCGGGCAAGUCAUCUGGCUUCGGAGAGAUAUGGCGGCUGAUCAAGAUUGCACGCCCGGAAGCAAAAGUCCUCGGCCUGGCUUUUCUCCUUCUCCUGAUCUCUUCGUCCAUCACCAUGUCAAUACCAUUUUCCAUUGGCAAGAUUUUGGAUAUAGCGACCAAAGGGGGAGCGAAGACAGAAGGCGCCGAGCUGGAACAAAAGACCGACAUGCUCUUUGGUCUGAGCUUGACAACAUUCUACACUGCACUCGUCUGUAUUCUCGCAACGGGCGCGGCAGCAAAUUACGGACGCAUCAUCAUCCUGCGAAUCGUGGGCGAGAGGAUUGUGGCGAGGCUGCGAUCCAGACUGUUCCGGCAGACUUACAUUCAAAAUGCCGAGUUCUUUGAUGCCAAUCGUGUCGGUGACUUGAUUUCCCGACUCAGCUCUGACACCAUCAUCGUUGGCAAGUCGAUCACGCAAAAUCUUUCAGACGGGCUUCGCGCGUUUGUCAGCGGGGCUGCUGGUUUUGGCUUGAUGGCAUGGGUGUCUCUGAAGUUGACUGGGAUCCUAGCGCUGCUCUUCCCUCCUGUUGCCCUCGGAGCAUUCUUUUAUGGGCGAGCGAUCCGGAAUUUGAGUCGAAAGAUCCAAAAGAAUGUUGGCACGUUGACCAAGAUUGCAGAGGAAAGGCUCGGCAAUGUUCGGACUUCACAGGCGUUCGCAGGUGAAAUCCUCGAGGUUCAUCGAUACAACACCCAGGUGCGCAAAAUCUUCGAGCUGGGCAAGAGAGAGUCGAUCAUUAGUGCCACGUUUUUCUCAUCCACCGGGUUCAUGGGCAACAUGACGAUCUUGUCGCUUCUAUAUGUUGGUGGUAGUAUGGUAUCGAGUGGCACCAUCAGUAUAGGGGAGCUCACCUCCUUCCUCAUGUAUACUGCCUACGCGGGUUCUUCACUCUUUGGGCUUUCGUCGUUCUACUCGGAGCUGAUGAAGGGUGUCGGAGCGGCAUCCCGAUUAUUCGAACUGCAGGACCGGGAGCCAACCAUAUCUCCCACGAAAGGUGAGAAGGUGGUAUCAGCACGAGGUCCCAUUCGGUUCGAGAAUCUCUCCUUCAGCUACCCUACUCGACCGGCGGUGAGAAUCUUUAGGAAUUUGGAUUUCGAGAUUCCCCAGGGUGCCAAUGUCGCCAUUGUCGGUCCCUCUGGCGGUGGCAAGAGCACGAUUGCUUCCCUGAUCCUGCGGUUCUACACACCUACGGAGGGCCGCAUCUUGAUCGACGGUAAGGACAUUGCCAAGAUGAACGUCAAAUCUCUCCGACGCCGGAUCGGCAUCGUGUCCCAAGAGCCGGUUUUGUUUUCUGGCACCAUCGCCGAGAACAUCGCCUACGGUCGACCUCAUGCAACCCGGGCGGAGAUCAUGCGUGCAGCGAGACGGGCAAAUUGUCAAUUCAUUAGCGACUUCCCCGAUGGGUUGGACACACCUGUGGGUGCUCGUGGCACCCAACUUUCUGGUGGUCAAAAGCAGCGCAUUGCCAUUGCUCGCGCCCUGGUCAAGGAACCCGAUAUCUUGAUCUUGGAUGAGGCCACCAGUGCCCUUGAUGCCGAGUCAGAAACCUUGGUCAAUGAAGCCCUGGCCUCGCUACUGAGGGGGAGCAACACGACCAUCUCCAUUGCCCACCGUCUUUCCACGAUCAAACGAUCCGACACCAUUAUAUGUCUGGGUUCCGAUGGACGUGUUGCAGAGAUGGGCAGUUACAAAGAACUCAGCAGUCGACCCGACGGUGCUUUUACGAAGUUGAUGGAAUGGCAGAUGAGUGGAGGCGAGAGGGCACAGGACGAUGUAGUCAAGUUGGCUAUCGAUCCGGAAGUGAAAGGACCGCCGACGGAGAAAGACGAGAUCGAAGUCGAGUUGGAAGAACAAACCGAGGGCGAGAGUGAGGAGGAUCUCGAAGGCAGCAAGGCACAAGAGACGGUCAAGCAGGCCGUGGAAGGGAAGAAGACGUGA